AUGGUAGCCGCUAUGAGAUCUAACGUCAGGAUAUCUGCACCGCUCGUUCGGGCAGCUGUGCAACAUGCGCAGCGACGGACUUUCUCUAACACUCGCUGUGUAAGAGCUCAAUGGGGCUUCAUAGGCUUGGGACAGAUGGGAUAUAAUAUGGCAAAAAACCUACAAGCGAAGCUCCCUCCAUCCGACACUUUGCGGAUUUACGACAUCAAUACCGAGUCAGUGAAUCAAUUUGCGAGUGAGGCAAAAGCCAGCUCAGGAGGAGCCGCUGUCCAGGUAGCUUCCAAUGUGCAUGAAGCAGCAGAAGACUCUGAGACUACCAUAACUGUUCUACCUGAGCCUUCACACGUGAAAAAUGUAUUCGCGCAAAUUCUCAAGCCUCCCCUCAGCACCGAUGCGGUAGCAAAUCCCGACCGCCUUUUUAUUGACUGCUCAACGAUCGAUCCGGCGUCUUCCAAAGAGGUCGCCAAUGCCGUCCAUGCGACACAGCAAGGUCGAUUCGUUGACGCCCCGAUGUCGGGUGGGGUAGUAGGUGCUAAAGCUGGGACAUUAACUUUUAUGGUCGGCGCAUCAGAAUCUUUGGUACCCCGUUUAGAACCAAUUCUACUCAUGAUGGGCAAAAAAAUGCUUCACUGUGGAGCUCAUGGAGCAGGCUUGUCUGGAAAGCUUGCCAACAAUUAUCUAUUGGCGAUAAACAACAUUGCUACAGCCGAAGCAAUGAAUUUGGGUAUUAGGUGGGGACUGGAUCCAAAAGUCUUAGGAAAUCUGAUCAAUAUCAGUACUGGAAAAUGUUGGCCAAGUGAGGUCAAUAAUCCUGUCAAAGGUGUUGUGGAUGGUUCCCCCGCAAGCAGAGACUAUAGCGGAGGAUUUGGAAUAAGCUUGAUGAAGAAGGAUCUUAAGCUUGCACUUUUGGCUGCUAGUGAAGCGGGGGCUCGCCUCGAGCUUGGUGACAAAGCACGGGAAGUAUACGAGGCUGCUGAGCAGAAGGAAGACUGCAAAGGACGAGAUUUCUCUGUUGUCUAUAGAUAUUUGGGUGGUAAAGAAUAG